UGUGUGCGCGCGCGUUGGCGUCUCGUCUUCUCAGUGUCGUAGGGGAGACACACGGACUCUGGAGUUUUCCUUUUUUUUUCUUUUAAAAAAAAAGCCUUAUACAGAAGAAGCAAAGCAAAACUAAAUAAGUAGAUAAAUCAAUAGAUAAAUAAAUAAUUAAUAAAGAAGUGGUGAACGCGAACGUGAGAGUUUUUCGCUUUCUCUGUCUCACCUCAGAGUUUUAGCUCAGAGUAAAAGCUGAGUGUAUGGAGAGCUGCCCCAGGCAACGAGCUCUGCAGUACAGGAGCAUGAUGAAGAACAUGAUGAAGGUCAUGCUGCUGCUGUUCUCAGUUCUUCUAACCCAGCCUCUGCAGGGCCACACCAGGCCGGCCAGCCCAGAGCAAGCAACAGUGCCAGAAUGGGCUCAGCCUGAUAAGAUGGAGAAGAAGCUCCACGUGGUUCCAGCCAGCAGGACUGUCAGAUUCCGCUGCCCAGCCAUCGGAAACCCAACACCCACGCUCAAGUGGCUGAAGAACGGCAAGGAGUUUAAGAAAGAUCAGCGAAUAGGAGGCUUCAGGGUGCGAGAAAGUUUGUGGGCAAUCAUAAUGGACUCAGUGGUGCCCUCAGACAGCGGCAACUACACCUGUGUGGUGGAAAAUAAGUACGGCAGCAUCAACCACACCUAUCAGCUGGAGGUUGUUGAGCGUUUGCCACACAGACCCAUCCUCCAAGCCGGUCUGCCUGCUAAUCGUACAGCAGUGGUGGGCAGUGAUGUGCAGUUUGAGUGCAAAGUCUACAGUGACCCUCCAGCACACAUCCAGUGGCUCAAACACAUCGAAAUCAAUGGCCGCAAAGUGGGAGAAGAUGGUCUGCCCUACGUCAGAGUCUUAAAGACGGCAGGCGGAAAAACAAUGGAUAAGGAGAUGGAGGUGCUGCAGCUCAAGAAUGUGUCUUUAGAGGACGCUGGGGUGUACACGUGCUUGGCUGGCAACUCUAUCGGCCAUUCCCAUCACUCUGCAUGGCUGACUGUAUAUGAAGUUGCCCUGCUAGAACCUACUACAUCUACCCUGAAUGAGAGAGAUAACCUAGAUCUGAAGUGUAGGACUAAAGAGCUUCAGGAGGUGAGCUGGACCAAGGACGUUGCUGAUGGGGAACACAAUCGUCAACGCAAUGCAUUUGUGUUUGAAGAUGAUGAGUCUGCUUCAGAGGAAGCGAAGCAGUCCAGCAGCCAGACGUUAUACUCUAGCAGCCAAGGGCUAUCACCAAAGGCUCCGGAGUGGGCUCAUCCUGAUAAGAUGGAGAAGAAGCUGCACGCGGUUCCAGCCAGCAGAACCGUCAGAUUCCGCUGCCUGGCCAUCGGAAACCCGACACCCACGCUCAAGUGGCUGAAGAAUGGCAAGGAGUUUAAGAAAGACCAGCGCAUAGGAGGCUUUAAGGUGCGAGAGAGCUUAUGGGCGAUCAUAAUGGACUCAGUGGUGCCCUCAGACAGCGGCAACUACACCUGUGUGGUGGAAAAUAAGUACGGCAGCAUCAACCACACCUAUCAGCUGGAGGUUGUUGAGCGUUCACCUUACAGGCCCAUCCUCCAAGCUGGCUUGCCUGCUAAUCGUACAGCAGUGGUGGGCAGCGAUGUGGAGUUUGAGUGCAAAGUCUAUAGUGACUCUCCAGCACACAUCCAGUGGCUGAAACACAUCGAGAUCAAUGGCCGCAAAGUGGGAGAAGAUGGUCUGCCCUACGUCAGAGUCUUAAAGACAUCAGUGCUCAAAACCAUGGAUAAGGAGAUGGAGGUGCUGCAGCUCAAGAAUGUGUCUUUAGAGGAUGCUGGGGAGUACAUAUGCUUGGCUGGCAACUCUGUCGGCCAUUCCUAUCACUCUGCAUGGCUGACUGUCUGUGAAGGGUGACCCAGAAGACAGUUGAUCCAUCAACAUUUAACACUGCCCAGCCUGUGUAUCUGGUAUCACCUUCACAAAACCUGCUGCCAUCAACAAAGAGAGAAGAAGAAGAAGUCAAAGUAGUAUUUUAAAAUAAAAUGGCAAAUUUUAUGGCCAGCAAAUUAGGUGGAUUUAAUUUAACUGUGUCCUUGUGAGCUGUGAACAAAUUACAGCCAUUUUCUCAGCAUUUCUACACUUAUCUGUGGUCUCUUGACUCCAUCUAGUGGGCCCUCAGCAAAACAGGCUUCCAGAAUAAAAAGCCAGGAGACGUGGGGUCUGCCAUGUACAGUAUUUCUCCCAUCCUGACUGUUGUAGAGCAACAUGGCCAGUCUCGUUUGAUUCAAUAGUCCAAUAACUGCACUACAUUCAGAUAAAAUUUCAUGCUUUGGAGUUUCAGGCAAAGAGCAAGUUAAGUGGUUAAAUUUGGCGCUGGUCUGCUGCGGCAUUGCAGAGAUAUUUGUAUUUCAUAUUGCUGAGGUCCCAGAGCCAUUUCAAGUUUCUUGGCCAUAGCUCAACGUAGAAGAAUUCCAAUUGAAGAAGAGCAUUUUGUAGGAUGUGAAUCGAAAGAGCCAGAAAAAAACAAAUCCUUCUUGUGGCAAACCACAAUCUAUUUUUAUUCUCAUUCCAGAAUCUACCAGAAAGAAACCACUCUUGCAUAUUAGGCUGCAGGAGCAUCAUGGCAUGACACACACACACACACACACACACACACUCAGCCACAGUCAGGAUGCAAUGCCAGCUACCUGUGCUUCCCAUCAAUUCCCAUUUUUCAAUAGGCUCACAAACACAAAAUAAUGUUAUUUAUAUAAAACGUGCUGUAUAGAAUGUAGAUAUAAUUUUUAUAUUUAAAAAUACUCAGCCAUGACAUCUAUUAUGAAGUUGUUAUUGAUAUGUUCAGAAAAUUUUUGGUUUAGAAAGUACUUCCACUUUUCUAUUUGGAAGUCUUUUCUAAUUCUAAACGUAACAUGAAUUAUAACAGCUUCAGGAAAGUCUUUUCCAUGUCGUUUUGGAAUUCAAUACAAUGAGUUAAUACUUAAUCACAGUGAUGGCUCAGAUGAUACAUGCUGGUGCAAAAUGACUAGGAACAUCUUACAACAUCCCUCACAUCCCUGUCCUUGUUAAUAUCACAUACAUAUGAUCACUUGUGUCAGCAGAAAAGAGAAUUAUGGAGAUGAGAAUGAAAAUGAAGAAUAUGCUGGUGAUGAGGUUAGGCAUGAGGAUGGGGAUGGGGUUGAAGAUGAGGAUAAGGAUGGAGAUAGGGAUGUGAUGAAGAUGGGGAUGAUGAUGGGGAUAUGGAUGGAGUGAGGAAAGGGAUGAGUUUGGGAAUGGGGAUGCAGACGGUGAUGGGAAUGAGGAUGGGGUUGUGAUGGGGAUAUGGAUGGAGUGAGGAUAGGGAUGAGUAUGGGAAUGAGGAUGCGGAUGAAGAUGGGGAUGGAGCGAGGAUAGGGAUGGACAUAAGGAUUAGGAUGAAGACAACAGGGGGAUGAGAAAUAAUGACUGUCUGCUCACGCCUGCAUGAGAGUCCCAGUCCUAACUCCCACCUUGAUUACCUGCUGCCGAAUCACAGCGGUGCUGAUAUUCAGUACAACAGCAUGCUUGUGCAUGUGGUAUUACUUAAUUAUAACACAUUUUAUUAACACUUUAUUAUUACAAUAUAAUUGUAUUGUUCAAGAGAUGGUGUGAAUAACAAUGAGCUACUUAAAAGCAGUACAUAAAAAGU